AUGUCCUCUGGAGCCAGUCUCAGCAAAAAUCGGCAGGCUGUGAGCCUGCAGGGUGUUGACCCAGAAACAUGUAUGAUAGUGUUUAGAACACACUGGACACAGGUUCUAAAAAUCUUAGAGAAGCAUGAUCCUCUGAAAAAUGCUCAGGCAAAGUAUGGGGCGAUUCCACCUGAUGAAGCCAGCACUGUGCAGAAUUAUGUAGAGCACAUGCUUUUCCUGUUAAUUGAGGAGCAAGCAAAUGAUGCCUCAAUGGGACCCAUCCUGGAGUUUGUGGUUUCAGAAAACAUCAUGGAAAAGCUCUUUCUUUGGAGCCUCCGGCGAGAGUUCACUGAUGAGACAAAAAUUGAGCAACUUAAGAUGUAUGAAAUGCUGGUUACCCAGUCUUAUCAGCCUUUGCUGCACCACAAGCCCAUCUUGAAGCCUUUGAUGAUGUUGCUGAGCUCCUGCUCAGGGACUACCACACCAGCAGUGGAAGUAGAGUUGGUUGUCCUCCUGAACCAGCUCUGCUCUAUAAUAGCCAAAGAUCCCUCCAUUUUAGAACUAUUUUUCCACACCAGCGAGGACCAGGGAGCUGCCAAUUUCCUCAUUUUUUCCCUCUUGAUUCCCUUUAUCCAUCGAGAAGGAACAGUAGGCCAGCAGGCCCGUGAUGCAUUGCUCUUCAUAAUGUCUCUCUCUGCAGAAAACAAUGUUGUUGCAAAACACAUAGCAGAAAACACCUACUUUUGCCCGGUGCUAGCAACAGGACUGAGUGGCCUCUAUUCAUCUUUACCUGCAAAGCUGGAAGAAAAAGGAGACGAGUGGCACUGUCUGCUGAAAGAUGACUGGCUCUUGUCUCCAGCACUUGUCCAAUUCAUGAACUCCCUCGAGUUCUGCAAUGCUGUGAUACAGGUAGCACAUCCUUUGAUACGUAACCAGCUUGUGAAUUACAUUUACAAUGGAUUUUUGGUGCCAGUUAUGGCUCCUGCGCUCCAUAAGGCGACUGUUGAAGAAGUGAUGACUACUACUGCAUACUUGGAUCUCUUCUUGCGCAGUGUUUCAGAGCCAGCUCUCCUCAAGACUUUCCUCCGUUUUAUUUUGCUGCAUCGACACGAGAACGUGCACAUCCUUGAUACGCUCACAAGCCGUAUCAACACGCCGUUCCGGCUCUGCGUGGUCUCUUUGGCUUUGUUCAGAACACUCAUUGGCUUACACUGUGAAGACGUGAUGCUGCAGCUAGUUUUGAGGUAUCUGAUCCCAUGUAACCACAUGAUGUUCAGCCAGCGACGGGCUCUGAAGGAGAGAGACUGUUACUCAGUAUCUGCUGCUAAACUGCUUGCUCUCACACCCAUCUGCUGCUCCACUGGGAUCACCUUGACUCUUGAAAGCCAAGAAAGAGCCUAUAUUCUCUGGACAAAGACAGCACAAACUAAAGAUGCUUCUGAAUCCACCUGCAUUGUGGAAUAUGGAAGAUCAGUGGACAUCAGCUAUCUGCAGUACCUGUGGGAAGCUCAAGAAUCCAUCCUUCAGUGUCUGAAGGACUGCAAGGUUUGGUCUGCCUUUUAUGAUGGAGAAAAUCCUGAUCCAGACACUUUUAUCCAAACUCUUGCAGAGGAGAACAAUAAAGAUGUGGAACAUCCCAUGUUUCAUCUCCAGCAGAGGGCACCCAGCAUGUGUAGCUCCUCUCAACUAACUCCCGUUGGUGAGAAGAUGCAAUUGGAACUAGAGUGGGAUGAUAGCUAUGACACAGGGAUUUCUGCUGGCUCUGAUGUGAGCUCACCGCAUGUGUAUGAAGAUCAGGAAAGCACAGAAAUGCAGAUACCUGUAGAGCCACCCAAACACAUUCAAGAGAUGAAGAAAAAUGCAAUCAUGCUCAUCAAAGGAUCUUACAUAGAAGAAUCAGACUUUCAAGAUGAUGUUAUGGUUUACAGAUUAUGUGCCCAGAAGGAUGCUCAAGAAGAUGACAAUUUUGAGAAGAAGACUUUAAAUGUAGCCAGAAAUCAUCAAGUCAAUAGCCAGACUCUUAACAAUGGGCCUCUUGCAAAGAGCCAAUUGGAGAUGGUCUUGGAUGAAGACAGUAAGAGAAAUUUGAGCCUGACUCUAGGUAUAACAAAAGAACAAACAAACCAGAAAAUGACUGAGGUUGAUCCCCAGCCAGACUUGGAGCUGAAGCGUGCUCCUCAGGAGGCAGAUCAUAGCUUAAACAUGAGACUGCUGAGCACAGAUGGUGAGGAUUUCAUUGCACAGUAUGACAAAAUGAUUAAGGAACUGGAUCCAAGCAGUGCGAGCUUGGAGGAACAGAAGUUGGGCUCUCCUGGCCCUGUGUCCCCAGCAGAAGAGGAGGAGGACUUUGAGAAUUUCUCAGCAGACACUCCUUCUGCAGAAAGCGUGUCAUCUCCCUCUGGACCAAAGGAGGAUUUAUUUCCCAAGCAUGCUGCCAGGAGCCAGAGUACACCAUUUACAGGGCCGUUUAUCAGCGUGGUGCUGUCGAAGCUGGAGAACAUGCUGGAGAAUUCCUUGCAUGUAAAUUUGCUGCUUAUUGGGAUUAUUACUCAGCUGGCAAGUUACCCACAGCCUCUUCUUUGCUCCUUCCUGCUCAACACCAACAUGGUAUUUCAGCCUAGCGUACGGUCGCUUUAUCAGGUGCUGGCAUCUGUGAAAAAUAAAAUUGAACAUUUUGCUUCUAUCGAAAAAGACUUCCCAGGUCUUCUCCUGCAGGCCCAACAGUACUUACUUUUUCGUGUGGACACUUCUGAUGCAGCUGAAGAAUUGCAAACCAAAGGUAAUGUCCAGCACGAGAGCAGCACGAGCAAGGCUGCCCUUUUCCCGGAGUUCCUGAAGGAGCUGGCGGCGCUGGCGCAGGAACAUUCCAUUUUAUGUUACAAAAUACUGGGGGACUUGGAGGAUUAUUACUAG